AUGAAGGCUGAUCCAGAAGUAAAGAUGAUUUCGGCCGAGGCGCCAAUUCUUUUUGCCAAAGGAUGCGAUAUUUUUAUCACUGAGCUUACUAUGCGUGCUUGGAUUCAUGCUGAAGAGAACAAGCGCCGGACUCUCCAGCGCUCAGACAUUGCGUCAGCAUUGGCUAAAUCUGACAUGUUCGAUUUUCUAAUUGACAUUGUUCCAAGAGAGGAAGCCUCUUCUCAUGCGAAAAGAACUUCUGCACAGUCUGCUGGAGGCCCACAGUCUGUACCUGCACCCCCAGGGCAAGCUCAGAUGACUGGUCAGCAUGCCAAUAUGGCUCAGUCCAACCAUGCCUCACAUGCCAUGGCCACGGCUGAAUAUAUGGGGGGCCACCAUCUUCCCACUGAUCAGGACUAUCGACAGAAUCCAAACAUGUAUGCUGGCCAGGUACCUCCCGCACCGUCAGCAGCUUAUGGUCAAGCCCAAGCGCCGGCAACGAUGUACGGCGAGAUGGAAGGCAUGUACCCAUACUCUGCCAUGCAAGCGCAACAGGCGCCAAUGGCGUCCGAAGAAUUUGAGUAG